UCCAGACGUUUGAAAGCUGGCACGGCGAGCACGACUGUUCGUUCUGUAGUGCCUCCCCAUCCCAUCCUGACUGAAAUACACUGUAACGUUACGAGCAUGGAACUGAAUGAUGCUAACCUACAAACCCUCACCGAGUUCCUCAGGAAGACACUGGACCCAGACCCAACAGUCAGACGCCCAGCUGAAAAGUUUCUUGAAUCUGUGGAGGGAAACCAGAACUACCCCUUAUUACUACUCACUUUGCUGGAGAAGUCCCAAGACAACGUGAUCCGCGUCUGUUCUGCUGUUACAUUCAAGAACUACAUCAAAAGAAACUGGCGCAUUGUUGAAGAUGAACCAAACAAAAUCUCUGAUCCAGACCGAACAGCUAUCAAAGCAAACAUUGUAAAUUUGAUGCUAAGCAGCCCGGAGCAGAUUCAGAAGCAGUUGAGUGAUGCUAUCAGUAUCAUAGGCAGGGAAGAUUUCCCUCAGAAAUGGCCUGACUUGCUAACUGAAAUGGUGACCCGCUUCAGAAGUGGAGACUUCCACGUCAUCAAUGGAGUGCUUCGCACUGCACAUUCCCUCUUCAAGAGGUACCGCCAUGAGUUCAAAUCAAAUGAGCUUUGGUCGGAGAUAAAACUAGUACUGGACACAUUUGCCCUGCCUCUGACAGAGCUGUUCAAGGCCACUAUUGAGUUGUGCCAGACUCACGCCACGGAUGUCAAUGCCUUGAAGGUCCUUUUCUCCUCCCUCACGCUCAUCUCCAAGCUUUUCUACAGUCUUAACUUCCAGGACCUUCCAGAGUUUUUUGAGGACAACAUGGAAACCUGGAUGACCAAUUUCCAUGGCCUGCUGACUUUGGAUAAUAAACUUUUACAAACAGAUGAUGAAGAGGAAGCAGGUCUCCUGGAGCUGCUGAAGUCUCAGAUCUGCGACAAUGCUGCUCUUUACGCUCAGAAGUACGAUGAAGAAUUCCAGCCGUAUCUGCCCCGCUUCGUCACUGCUAUCUGGAACCUUUUAGUGUCUACUGGACAGGAAGUCAAAUAUGACCUGCUUGUAAGCAAUGCUAUCCAGUUCUUGGCUUCAGUCUGUGAAAGGCCACACUACAAGCAUCUAUUUGAGGACCAGAAUACUCUCACUAGCAUUUGUGAGAAGGUCAUUGUGCCCAACAUGGAGUUCAGAAGUGCAGAUGAGGAGGCCUUUGAAGAUAACUCUGAGGAGUACAUCCGGAGGGACCUUGAAGGAUCUGACAUCGACACUCGUCGCAGGGCGGCAUGUGACUUGGUGAGAGGCCUUUGUAAGUUUUUCGAGGGCCCAGUCACAGCGAUCUUCUCUGGCUAUGUGAACUCAAUGCUGGCAGAGUACGCAAAGAACCCCGGGGAGAACUGGAAACACAAAGAUGCAGCCAUCUAUUUGGUCACGUCACUGGCGUCUAAAGCCCAAACACAGAAGCAUGGAAUAACACAAGCCAAUGAGUUGGUGAAUCUGAAUGAAUUCUUCGUGAAUCACAUUCUCCCAGACUUAAAAUCCCACAAUGUUAAUGAAUUUCCGGUGCUGAAGGCAGAUGCCAUCAAGUACGUCAUGAUCUUCAGAAGCCAGCUUCCGAAAGAGCAGCUGCUGCAGGCAGUUCCUCUGCUGAUAACCCACCUGCAGGCAGAGAGCACAGUGGAGCACACCUAUGCUGCCCAUGCUUUGGAGAGGCUGUUCACCAUGAGAGGCCCCAACAACACCACACUUAUCAGUCCUGCAGAGAUGGCACCUUUUACUGAACAGCUGCUCAACAACUUGUUCAAGGCACUGGCUCUUCCUGGGUCUGCAGAAAACGAAUACAUCAUGAAAGCCAUCAUGCGCAGCUUCUCCCUGCUGCAGGAGGCCAUUGUUCCCUACAUUCCCACUCUGAUUGGUCAGCUCACUCAUAAGCUCCUAUUAGUCAGCAAGAAUCCCAGCAAGCCUCACUUUAACCACUACCUGUUUGAGUCCCUGUGCCUGUCUGUCCGCAUCACCUGCAAGGCCAACCCCACUACUGUCAGCAGCUUCGAGGAGGCUCUCUUCCCAGUCUUCACUGAAAUCCUGCAGAAUGAUGUCCAGGAGUUUCUUCCGUACGUGUUCCAGGUGAUGUCUCUUCUCUUAGAGAUCCACUCCAACUCUAUUCCCUCGUCCUACAUGGCUUUGUUUCCUCACCUGCUGCAGCCAGUGCUUUGGGAACGGACAGGAAACAUCCCACCUCUGGUGCGCCUGCUUCAGGCUUACCUGGAGAAGGGAGGUGCCACUAUUGCAAGCAGUGCCGCAGAUAAAAUACCUGGCUUGCUUGGAGUUUUCCAAAAGCUUAUUGCCUCUAAGGCCAAUGACCACCAAGGUUUUUACCUCCUCAACAGCAUCAUAGAGCACAUGCCCCCAGAAUCACUCACUCAGUACAGGAAACAGAUCUUCAUUUUGCUCUUCCAGAGACUACAAAGCUCCAAGACCACCAAGUUCAUCAAGAGUUUCUUGGUGUUUGUCAAUUUGUAUUGUGUCAAAUACGGAGCUAUUGCACUUCAGGAGAUUUUUGACAGCAUCCAGCCAAAAAUGUUUGGUAUGGUGUUGGAGAAAAUAGUUAUUCCAGAGGUUCAGAAGGUGUCUGGAGCAGUGGAGAAGAAGAUCUGUGCUGUUGGCAUCACAAAAAUCCUUACAGAGUGUCCUGCAAUGAUGGACACGGAGUACACUAAAAUCUGGACCCCACUGCUCCAAGCCCUCAUUGGUCUGUUUGAGCUACCAGAAGAUGACAGCAUCCCGGAUGACGAGCACUUCAUCGACAUUGAAGACACACCGGGCUACCAGACGGCGUUCUCACAGCUGGCCUUUGCUGGGAGAAAGGAGCACGACCCGAUCGGAGACGCUGUCGGCAAUCCCAAGAUCCUGCUGGCACAGUCACUCCACAAGCUUUCUACUGCCUGUCCAGGAAGGGUACCUUCAAUGCUGAGCACCAGUCUGAAUGCAGAAGCCCUCCAGUUCCUGCAGGGGUACUUGCAGGCAGCCACUGUGCAGUUGGUUUGAAACUGAUGCAAUGGUGUUCACAUAAUAAGGAGACCACAAUACACUGCAGGAGUAGCCACAGAGGCCCCAGGUCACAGACCUGCUUCAGCUGAACUUGAGUCUUUACAGAUUUUGGUUUGCAUUGACAGUCAUUUGAUGGAUUUGCCAUAGAAAUAACUAUUUUGCCUGACUUUAGGGUGUGUUCUCUGAUGGAAGUUUUUUAAGGGUUUUUAAAGACAUGACCAAAAGUUGACAUAACUGAAUUGCUGUUUUGUGUUUGGGCCCUUUGUUUGCUGUGUAUCAAAGGCUAAACAAGUUCUGGAUAUCAAGUUCUGAUACAUUUUUCAGUUUAUUUCAAGAACAACAACCACAUCAGCAGAUCUAAAUUUCAACAGUAUUGAGGAAUGCUGAACAUCUGAAUCAUAUGGGAGAGAUUUCUUUAGCGCUUUCAUUUUGUUUUGUUUUUUUGGUAUGUUUGAUUUCCUUUUUUACGGUUAUGGAGACUGUAGUCUGUGGCUCAAACAUAAUGCUUAAUAUUUUUCCGUUGCAUGUUUCCUGUAGAUUUGUUUGUCUCGUCUUUGUUCCUGCACUGUUUGUUAAUGUGAAUAAAAAGAGGCACUUAUAUAGA